UUAAGUUAUGUGGUCUUUCAUGUUGUUCGUAUACUUGGUCAUUAAAUGUCUUGUCAUCGGAUGCAAUCUUGACAAACUAGGGAACAGAAGUGAGGUCAAUCACAAAGUGUUGUUACUACUGACAGCCUCACCUGCCUAAUUCGUUCUCUCACUCAUCUCCAUCUGUAAAUCUAUCUGCUCUACUUUGACUUUCUUCCUGCUUACCUUACCUUUCUACUGUUAUGUCUACUUAACCCCCCAGCAGACACUGCAGUCAUCAGACAGACACCUUCCAACGCCCAUAAUCUCCUCCUUCACAUCCAACCUAUAUACCUCUUUCUUCUCACCUCAACCUCAACCAAUACAUCGCAAACUAAACCCAACCCAACCCACCACAAUCUCAAACCAAACCAAAAUGCAUCAUCCACCGAUGGCUUCAUCGCGAGAAGCACAGAAAACCAGAAAUAUUCCAAACGGAUCCGCAUCUAGUCCUCACACCACGAACGCGAGAAGAAAACGCCUGAUGGAUUUCUCGUCUCUUCAUCCGCGCUCUGCUUCGAUGGAUGAUGAUGAUGAAGAAGAAGAUAGUAUGCAAUCAUCGCACGUAGAGGUGGGAUCGUUCUCGGGGAUGCAUGCAGAUUCGCAUUCACAUUCUCAUUCUCAUCCGUUGUCAUCGUCGUCGUCAGCUUCGACUCCCACUCAGAUGCAGACGUACACUCGGUAUCAGCCCAGCAUCCAGUCUACCUCAAAGUUCAGUUCUUUGGGAAGUGAAUCUACCCCGAAGUCAACCACUACGAGUACUACUACCAGAUUGAAAUCGAAAGCGAAACAGAAAUCGAAGUCUACGACUGCACAUGUCCAUUUCCUGGACCAGGUUGAUAUCUCAGAUACAACCACAACUACUUCUGAAGCUACAAAUACGAAGCGAAACAAAAACACAGAAGCAAAUGGAAUCACAGCUGGAGAUAAGACCAUGCUUCUUGGACCUCGCAGUCGGGAUCUCUCUCUUAGUGAGAGUGAGAUUAGCUUGCUGGAUAUAGGUCCCAGUCUGGUGUAUGGUGAUGAUGGAUAUAUUCCGUUGUCUGGGGGUGGAUCAUAUGUGCGUGGACAUGGUCAUGGGCAUGGACAUGGGCAUGCGCAAGGUGAUAGUGGUGGCGGCGGUGGUGUUUCGGUGGUGGGGAGGGGGGUGCAGUUGGAGUGAGGAGGGUAGUUUGUUGGUGUUUCUGUUGUAGAUGGAUGGAGUUUAUGGUUUCUUGCUCUGUCGGGUCCGUGGGAUAGAGGAGUGAUUCCUGUUGUUAGAAUAGUGUAGAGUAUUUCCUUCUCCUUCUGCUUGUUCUUACUGCUUUGUACUAUGGACAUGAAUAUCCACUGUGUUUAUAGUGAUAGUUCUUAUUCUUCAUGAAUAUUACAUACAUUAUAUUCUAUAUA